ACCGCAUCGCUCGGAUCAAUCGUUUCGAGUUCCCCUGCGCACUCAUAUACCACCUCCGGUCUGUUCGCUGCAGAAAGGACACACAGAACAUACACACACCUCACCCACGACACCAUCACAACACCACCGCAAUGUUUCCAGCAAGUGAUCACGACGCCAUACAGAAGUACAUGCUUCUCUCUUCGCAACAAGAAGUGCUCAAUCGAAGACUCUCGCUUCACGUCCCCUGCGGUGCGCCAGUGACCACAGCAUCGCCCGCGUCGCAGUCGCUUGCAUCGUCGCCUCGAACGUCCUUCUCGUCAACUUGGUCGCCUGAGCCAGAAUUCACCUCGAACCCAAUUCCCGUUCAGCAGUCAAGUGCAGGACAUGGCCACGGCGUCGCCAAUCCUGAAGAUGCCCACAAACUUUUCCAGGUCAACAAGGACAUCAAGGCCACGCUUACCGAGCUCCUCAACACCGAGUCCGUACGAAGCGAUGGCAAGUACCGUCAGUGGAUCCAAGAGCGUCUCAUGGAUGCGGAACAGCAAAUACGACGCCAGAGACGCCGACGUUCAAGCGGCUCAACGUCCGACAGGGAGUUUGCUUCGUCCAUUGCUGAGCACCUCGACAUGGACAUGACCUUGAGCAAAACCUGGACCUAGGGACAUUUUCAUCCUCCCAUUACGCAGGGCACUGCUAGACGUCCCCGUAUGAUUGCAUUCGAGCAGUCUCCCUGUACAUCUGCCAUACCCACUUUGGAGAUUGGCAUUCUCACGAAUAUUCACGACCAUGCAUUGUAUUGUACUGUGUUCAGGCUCAUUGGUUCGGAGUUGAGCGGCGGGACGGCGCAUGGUGUUUAGCUGAUACGAAGUGCUCAAAUCAGACACACCGAUUAUGAUACCCAACAGCAUGCAUGCAAUAUGUAGGAUGCGCUAUGUAUGCACUGGGCAACAUCUGUGGUUAGCCUUAAAAUGAGAUACG